UUCCAUCCCUCGAUUGAAUGUGUCCUUUUGCAUCAAUGAAGUAACUAUUAUUGGAUGCUGACGUAGGUUUUUUUUUUUUUCGUAAUUGUCUUUUCCAAGGUUGUUGUUGAGAGAUUUUCAAGGACUAAUCUUCCAGAGAUAGAGAAGAGAAAGUAUGUCAAUACUUAAGAGAAAGUAUGUCAAUACUUUUUCCAACCGACUUGGCCCUGUGAAUCUGGUGGUUCCCAACCUUCAUAUAUGGGUUUCUGGUCCCUCACGACAUGUUCGUCGGGCAGUUCAUUCACAUUCUAAGAAGCAGGAUGCACCUUCCUUCUGGGAAAGCACUUUUCAUUUUCAUUCAGGAUACUUUGCCUCAAACAGCAAGCAUCAUGGAUUCUAUAUACCAACAAUACAAAGAUGAGGAUGGAUUCCUUUACAUGUGCUACAGCAGUGAGAAGACCUUUGGAUGAGGCUCACUACUUUGAUUGCAAAAUACAAAGAAGAAAUUCAGAAGCUUCAAGCAUCUGAGGCUGAAAUCAAGGCGCUUUCUUUUAAUUAUGCGGCGAUGUUGAAGGAGAAAGAGCAUGCUUUCCUUAAACAAGAGGAUGGUGAGCAAAGUCCCUAUUCUGAAUGGAAUAUUACAGGAACAUAUAAAGGAAGGUGGAGCUUUGAAGAGACAAUAAAUGGGUCUUCUAGGUUUCUAGAAUUUGAAAAAUCUGAUGGUUUAUCUGUCUUGGAAUUAAUCAGUACUCCGACAAAGAUAAGGGGUGUACACUAUAAUCAGGGCAUUAUAGUUUUCGCUUCAGUAAUGGGAACUCUUGGCCUUCAAGUACUAAUAGAAUCUGGCCGUCAGCUUAUUACGAAGAACAGCUGGAGCUGCGAAAAUUGAAGUGGGAAGCAAGAGUUCCAACCAUGCGGAGUUUGUUAUUUUUUUGCUACAUUUUGAACAAGUAUUUUUUGUUAGAACUUAUGUUUGAAAUUUAAUUUGAAU